CAAGACUUCACCUCAAGAUUUCUCCCCUCCCCGCGGCCUCUCAAGGAUGUAUAUGUGGGGGUUUUGGUUUAUGCGUGUUAUUGACCCGGCGUUGGUGUCAGUCAGAGAAGAUGCCUGUCUGUAGACUUGUCUGUCAGCUUCUGGGUAUUCAUUCGAGUUCAUUCAUGGGUUGGGAUGGGAUGAGUAGAAGAGAACAGGGCAGAUUCAGUAGUUGUUUGAAUACUCGCCGCUGCAGAGAAGGAAGAAUUGGACAAGAAGCGAAGAAGAAGAAACAGAAAAGAAAAGAAACCGAUUGCUUACCAUCAUCCGCAUUCCUAUUGAGUUGCUGUGUUUGUGCUGUUUGGCCAGAGCCGCAUUCCUAGCAAAGAAUGAACAAUCCUAACUUAUUUGUUUAUAUAUCGGGUGUUUUAAGCUGACCAUUAUUGCAACUACAGUCAAACAGUCAAUUUCAGCUCUUGAGUGCCCUGAUGGUGGUUUAGUUUACUCAUUUCUCUCCCGAGCCCCUGUUGGUUAGUUAGUUACCCGUCUGGCGCAGCGCUGUUCCUCCUCCUCCUCAACAAAUGCCGUUUUGCCCUCGACUUGCAUGGCUAGCUAGUCCGUGGCUUGUAUGCGAGACUAGUAAAUAUGCACGCCGCCAACAUCUGCCGCCAGUGCAUCUGGCUAUUGGACAACCCUUGCGAUGAAGGGUAGGCCCCCAGCAGAUCCCCGCCGCCAAAGCCCGACUUAGCAAAGUUAGGUUUUCCCCAGAACGCUGGUUGUGACUUCUAGCGGCGGGUUGAUGUGGUGGUUUGAUGUGGAAUUGUGGAUGGAAUCAUAUGGCUUGCUUGAAAAAGAGGGAAAAGAAAUUAUAACUCAACGCCAUCAGGGACCUUCGAAAACCUUGAACCUGCCCAGGCAUACCUAGGUAAAUGAAUUGUUGAAGAAGUUGAGGAGGGAUGGAUAGAGCCCUAUCCUAUCCAAAGCCCUUGGCAUCGAACGUCGGGCCCUGAGGUAAAUAUCCCAACCUGUCACAGCCUCGCCCCCGGCCCCGGCCAAGUCUAUGCAUUUGCGGUUGUCUGUCACUCUCUGACCCUUGGCUGCCUUGCCCGUGGUGAGCGUGCCCAAUGGUGUCGCAGGAAGGCCGCCCGGAUCCCUGAGGGGAUUGUCGGGGCCAGUUGCGAUAUCCGGCUCGUUGGCUCUAAGAAAAGAAACAGAAUAAAAGAGAUCUCGUGUCCAGGAUUCUGAUACAACCCCUCCGAAUGUGUGUGUGAUCUACGGAUUAACUUCUUUUCUCUUUUCCAACUGUGUGGAAUCCCUCGCUGCUGUUGGCUAUUUUCUAGCUCCCAACAUGCCACUGGGCCAGCAAACCUGCGAUGUUUGCUCCUCUGCUUGCGUGUUAACGCGAUUCUAAUUUUCAAGCUACGGCCCUUUUGCCUGACCAGCCUCCCGCCUCAUAGAGUGGUCCCUUGCCCGUCCUGCUGUCUGGAAGAGAAAACAAAAUGUUUUCUUCUCCACUGUGUUAAUAUCUAUCGUCGAGUUCAUGUCUACCGUGCGGCAAAUAACAAGAACACUAGCAGUAUGGCGUUCUUUGGUAUACAAAGGCCACAGGCUCCCAAUCCCUAUGGGCGAUCCAAUACGCCCACCAUCAGUGCACCGCUCCCCUUCCCGCCAUCCUACUACAUGGAAAAUAUCUCCACAUCUAUAUUAAAUCCGUCACUGCCGCACUCAGGACUUGUCAAUCCAGAUCAUUUUCAACAGCCUCCCCGCCCUGCACCUCCACGUCCAGAUGUCGUCGCUUCUCAACACCCCCAACACUCAGCUCAUCCUGCUGUUCACCAAACACCGCCUCCACUGGAAGAUCACCCAGCAUAUCGAGAUAUACACCCCCCAAUGAACAACAGCAGCAAUAUCGUCAACGGCGACGAGAAAAACAAAAACGAUACGCACCAAUUCAUCUCAUAUAACCCGUCGGCUUACGAUAUCUCAAGGUUGUCAAUCUUGUCGUCACAAGACCUGCCUCCCACCCCGCCCAACUCUCCGCCCAUAUUGCCAUUUCGCUCGCCUACCCCUUCGCAAACCCGCUUUACUUCCACUUGGAUACCCCCGGAACAACUAGUUCAGCCUAUACCAUGCUACGAAAGUCGCCCAAAAUGGCAUCAAUAUCAUCAUCAUCUCUACCCCCCCUUAAAGGACAAUGCCCCUACUACCUCCAAAGCCUCCGCGCGCGCGAGCUUGUACAGCGUGACCGACCAGGACCAUAUUUCCUCUAGUGGCUCUCCUGAUCUUUCCGACCUUCUUUCCGGGAAGCUCGACGAAGUCAUCACCUCCAUAGGCGGCCAGGAAUUUAGCGGAAUGGAACAAGAUUUACACGUGAGCUACCACCACCCUCAGCCGCCACUUCGUGGCGGAGACUCUGGAGGCGGGCGGCCAUUCCGAGUUCGCAAACGCCGCACGUACUUGUCAAAUAUCAAUUACUUCUCCAAGGUGUAUCAUUAUGCAAAUUGUCGGCUGCCGGAUACUCUCACCCCUUUGCGACUCUAUAUACCUACAUAUCCUCUCCUCUGCCUGGCAGCGCGCUUCUCCCAACGAGUCUACAACAAACCCACCGGGGCUGAGCGCGAAACCCGCGUCGAAGCCGACUGGCGCCUCGGCACAAAGGCAAUGGUCAUCAAAUCCGAACCAGUCGAUAACAUGAACGUAAUCGUCUUCGCCAUCCGCGGCACGCACAGCUUUCGCGACUGGGCCACGAACAUGAACUCCGACCCCGUCGCGCCAGAUAACUUCCUCGACGACCGCGGAAAUCUGUGCCACGCUGGUUUCCUCUCCGUCGCGCGCCGCAUAGCCAAGCCCGUAGCCAUGCGCCUGCGGCAGAUCCUUGACGAAAAUCCGUCGCGCAUCUCUUCCUCUCUCGUGAUAACAGGGCACUCAGCCGGCGGAGCAAUCGCCAGCUUGCUAUACAUGCAUAUGCUGUCGGAGACAUUGAAGUCCGACUUGAUUCGGAUGCGCGACUACUUUAAGCGAGUACACUGCAUCACCUUCGGCGCGCCGCCAGUGUCGCUGCUACCGUUGCAGAAACCCGUUGGGCCCGGCCGUGACCGCUUCCAGAAAUGGUUAUUUUUCUCAUUCGUGAAUGAGGGCGACCCCGUACCCCGCGCAGAUAAAGCGUACGUCCGCUCCUUGGUAGACCUGUACAUCUCCCCGGCACCGCCGCUGCCGCGCUCCCCUUUAACCGCCCAGGGGGAGAAGGAGAGCAGCGCCACAGCCCGAAAGUCAACCUCGAGCCUCCAGCAAAAACUCUAUCGCCUCGGCGGCAGAAAGCCUACAAGCGACAAAAACAAAAGCAGCAAAAAUAACAACCGCAAAAGCGACUUGGACGAGACCCACGACCAGAUGCCGACAGUCGUCUGGAAGACGCCUCCUUCGUCGCUGUGCGCGGCGGGAAACCUAAUCCUGCUCCGCGGGGCCGAUAGGGAGAAGCAGAGAAACCACUUGCUAGAUGGCGGGUAUGUGGAAGCGUUUCUGCUGAAGGAUGACGAUCUGCAGGACGUGGUGUUUGGCGAUCCGAUGAUGCAUGUCAUGGAGCUGUAUGAGCAGCGGAUUGAGAUUUUGGCUACGAAUGCGGUGACGGCGCGGUUUUCGCUGAGGUGAGGGGAUGGUACAGACUAACUCCGUCGAAAGGGGGCGGGGCGGAGUGGAGUAAUUUUAAGGUUUAUUAUGGACGGGAUCGUUUUUAGUUACUUACUGGGAGUUUUUCUCGGGGGAUAUAGGUAAAUAUACACCAUUUAGCAUAGAUAGGUUAUUGCGGCAUGUCUUUUUUCUUCGUUUUCCUUUCAAUAUUCCCCGGCCUUUUUUUUUUUUUUUUUCUUGCAUGGGCCUAAUUUUUUGCUCUUCUCUUUCCCUUCUUUUUUAUUUUUCUAUAUUUGCGCGUGGUGUAUCUUUAUUCAUUCAUUCAGAUCCCAUCUACGUACUCGCACAUUUACCGGAAAGGGCACAACAGCACACAGACGCACGAAUGGAGAACCAAAAAGAAAACGGGGAGCGUUUUUCGUUAGUCCUUCAAUUUUUUCCCCCUUCCCAUAUAUUCCUUACAUGUUUAUUUUUAUUGUUAUUGUUCCUCCCCCGCCUCUACGUCUCCAUACCUACCGCCUCCCACAUACAGAUAUCCAUUAUUAGUUAGGUUGUGUUUGGUUUUAAACCUCGGUUCACUUGUAAAUAUAUCUCGUUACAUUCUUUUCCUCCCAGCACUAACACUCAUUCUUGCUGUUUUUGCCCCUCCCUUCUUCUUACUGAGAAUCCGAUUGAGGGCUUAAUCAAUACCUCAUAGAUAAUAGAAAGAGACCAGAGACCAUGUCAGUUCUCCUCAACUCUUGAUUUCUCAUAUAUUGAAAUAAACAAAAUUAUUUCUUUCAGUAUCUGUCAUAAUUAUAAAAUAAGUGCC